AUGGCCCCACAAGAAGAUGGAGCUGGGGUUGAGCCCCAGAGUUACUGGACUGAGGCAGGGGCCGAGUGGGGCCGGACAGGGCCGAGCGCUCGCAGCCCCCCAAACUCUGUGCCUUAUGCCGCGGGGUCACGUAGGCCGCCAGGCCCCGCCCCGCGCGUCACGUCUGGGCCCCGCCCCUCAGGGCCGCGGCGUGGCGGCGGGGGCGGGGCCAUACAAACGCGUCCUGGGUGGGCGUGGCACUGUGACGUGCGGGGGGCGGGGCAUGCUGCGGGAGCGGUGGCGCGCGCCAUGGGGCAGGAGGAGCCCGACCUGUACCGGGACACGUGGGUCCGAUACCUGGGUUAUGCCAACGAGGUGGGCGAGUCCUUCCGCCCACUGGUGCCAGUGCAGGUGGUGUGGGCCAGCUACGGCGUGGCCACCGCCUACGUGACCGCAGACGCCAUCGACAAGGGUCGGAAAGCCGCCACCGCCCACGCACAGGACCCCACACGCGUGGGGGUGGCCGUGGUGGACACCUUCGUGUGGCAGAGCCUGGCCUCGGUGGCCAUCCCCGGCUUCACCAUCAACCGGCUCUGUGCCGCCUCGCUGGCCCUGCUGGGCUCCCUCACCCGCUGGCCCCUGCCCGUGCGCCGCUGGACCACCACUGCCCUGGGGCUGGCUGCCAUCCCCUUCAUCAUCACCCCCAUCGACAGGACUGUGGAUUUCCUGAUGGAUUCCAGCCUCCGCAAGCUUUACAGGACACCAGGAGAGCCCCCAACAUCCCACUGAGCACCACCCUGUGCACUCCGAGGGAACUGAGGCAUGCUGCUGUGACCCACCUACUGUGACCCCUCACUCUGGUGACCCCCAGAGUGGCCACCCUGCUCCACACUGGUCCUAAUAAACCAUUUCAAACAUGA